AUGAACCCGCGAGGCGGCGCCAACGUGUCGGAGUUGAUCUCUGAAGCCGUCAGAGCUGCGGCCGCCGCCUCUCUGGAGUCCGACGCGUGGUCUCUGCGUGGAUCGGAGGAGAGCGCUCCGCCGAUCAACAACGCCUCAAACUCGGGGUGUCCCUUGUUGGGGAACUGGUCUUACCGGAACGUCGGAGGAGUUUACGGCGAGCAGCAGGCCGGCAGGAUGUACGGACCUCCGUGUCCUCGCCGAGACGUGGCCGUGGAGAAGAACUGGGCUGCGCUGCUGAUCCUACUCGUCAUCGCCGUCACCGUUUUGGGCAACAUCCUGGUUAUCCUGGCCGUCUCUCUGGAGAAGAAGCUGCAGAACGCCACCAACUACUUCCUGAUGUCCCUGGCGGUCGCUGACAUGCUCCUAGGCAUCCUGGUUAUGCCCGUCUCCAUGGUGACCAUUCUCUACGAUUAUGGGUGGCCCCUGCCCUCUGACCUCUGUCCCAUCUGGAUCUACCUGGACGUCCUGUUCUCCACCGCGUCCAUCAUGCACCUCUGCGCCAUCUCUCUGGAUCGGUACAUCGGCAUACGCAACCCGAUCCACCACAGCCGCUUCAACUCGCACACCAAGGCCCGCCUCAAGAUCAUGGCUGUGUGGACCAUAUCAGUGGGGAUCUCGAUGCCGAUCCCGGUGCUGGGCCUCCGAGACCACUCCAAGGUCUUCAAAGACGGCAGCUGCCUGCUGACCGAUAACAACUUCGUGGUGGUCGGCUCCUUCGUGGCCUUCUUCGUGCCCCUCACCAUCAUGCUCGUCACGUACUUCCUGACCAUCAGCGCGCUGCAGAACGAGGCCACGCUCUGCCUGGACCAGCUCGUCCCCCGGCCGAAGUGGAGCACCACGUUCGCUCCGACGCAGACCUCGCUGUCGUCCGAGAAACUCUUCCGGCGCUCGAUAAGCCGCGAAGCCGGCGGCAGAGGAAGCGCAAGCGGCAGCGUGUCGGGCUCGCUGUUCGGGCGCCGAACCAUGCAGUCCAUAAGCAACGAGCAGAAGGCCUCCAAGGUCCUCGGCGUGGUGUUCUUUCUCUUCGUGGUCAUGUGGUGCCCGUUUUUCGUCACCAACGUGCUCGUGGUGGUGUGCGACCCGGCGGUGUGCGACGCGGGACUCAUGGGCGGCCUGCUCAACAUUUUCGUGUGGGUCGGGUACUUGUCGUCGGCGGUGAAUCCGCUCGUCUACACGCUGUUCAACAAAACGUACCGGGCGGCGUUCCUGCGCUACGUUCGCUGCCGGUUCCACCCGGAGAGGAAGCGGCUUCGGCUGAUCCUGGUGAACACCAUACCGCCGAUGGCGUACAGCUCGACCCGGCUGCCCCUGGCCAACAUCGCCGAGUUACAGAACGGAGUGGCGCACGGCAGCGGCGACGGGAAGGGCCGCGCUUUGCCCGGACGCGAAACGGAGGGGCGCACGUCCGACAAAAGUCACGGAGACAAGGACGAGAGCUGCGUGUGA